UCGCGAGGUGGAGCUGGAGCGGCCUUCGCGGCAGCGGCUCCACCUCCGCCGCGGGCGACGGCGGCGGCCGCGAGCCGCCCCCGCCCUCCCCGCAGCCAUGCCGGCACCCGGUCUGGCCGGCCUGGCCGCCGCUCCACCACUCCGACCGACCUGCUCCACCUCGCCAACCUGCUCCAGCUCCAGCGCUCCAGCUCCGCCUCCACCAACCUGAGGGCUCUCUCUGCUCCUUGCGGCUUUGCCCUCCCUCCAGCCUCGUCCAGCGCGCCUCGACCCUGUCCCGAUGCCGUCCUGCAUCGUCUGCUACGAGGAGAAGGAGCGCGCGAUCGUGUGCGCCGAGGGCCACGCGACAUGCGAGGAGUGCCUCGCGCCGUUCGUCGCCGGCAACGCCGACGCCCUCUCCAAGACCGACCUCAUCGCCUCCAUGGCGGACGCCGCCGCGGCGCGCAACGACACCGCCGCCGUCGCCAAGUUUGAGGGCCGCUGCCUCUGCCCGCUCUCCGGCCACGGGUGCAACGCGGGCCCCUUUGAGGACAAGGACGUCGCGGCGCACGUUCCGUCCGACGUCUUCUGCGCGUUCGUCGGCUGCAAGGUGCACCUUCCGCUCGCGCGCAAGCUGCAGGACGUGGUGGCAAAGAAGCAGGAGCUCAGCCUGCAGUUCCCGAACGCGCGCCAGUGCGGCCGCUGCUCGCACGGCCCCGUGCUCUUCAGGGGCUGCUCCGACCUCACCACGCACCACGGCCAAGGCGGAAUCGACAACUCGUGCGGCCGCUGCGGCUGGUUCGCGCCUCACAUCUCGAUGUGGCCGCGCUGGGACCCGACCGCAGCGGCGCUCUGUCGCGACAACUAUCCGAGGACGACCCGAGACGGCCUCGAGAUGACCGCGAGAUUGCGCGAGGCGCGCGAGGAGGAGCGCCGCCAGUGGAUGCAAGGGGUGGUCGUCCGGCGGCGGGCGGCCCGCGAGGCACCAUCUAGAUGCGACACCAUCCUAGCAUUCCCGCAGUCUUGGCGGCCACCAGAGACUACGCUUCUCUCGCUCCAAAAGACAGCGCACGACCCUGCUCGCAUGGUGUCGAUGGAGGAGCGGCGCGCGCUCCGCGACGACGGCUGGGGCGUCGCCCAGCAGUUGCCGAGCGGCGAGCGCCGCUGGCACGACUUCGACUCGCGCCCGCCCUCGUGGCGCCGGCAGCAAGAGCCGCAAGAGCCGCCAAGGCAGCGCCGCCGCGUGGUCGUCGAGGGCGAGUGGCCGCCGGCGUACUUCGACCUGCCCGACCGCUCCGCGACGAUCGACCAGGUGCGGGCAACUUCGGCCGGCGUCGCCGGCUUUGCGCGCUUCGGGCUCGGCCGCGUCUAGGCGGUCGGGUCGCGGCGGGGGAGGGGAGGAACAAGGGGGGGGGGAGGGGCAAGGGGCCGCCAGCGCAAGGUAGCCACAGCGGCAAGGUAGCCACAGCGCAAGGUAGCCACAUCGGUGGAGGCGCCCGAUGGCGCGGCGUGGCGUGGCUGGUCUCAUGGGUCUAGCAAACCAUAGACAACACCAAGAGAACGC